AUGUCUCGCUCCUGGGGCGACCGGCUACUGCUCCAAGCUCUCGAGUUGGAGGCCCAACUUGAUACAAGCUCCGCCUUACCCACCGACCAACUGGAUGCAAUGAUCUCACGUCUUGAGCAUUGUCUCGAGGGGACCGAGACCCGGUUGCUUGAUGCCUUAGCAACAGAUGAGUCUAUUUACAGAGAGUUUAAUGUGACAGCUACUGAUCGUGACGAUCGGCAUCUGCCUUUGCCUCUUCUGGUGAGAACGGGUAUUGAGGCCUGCCUCAAUCGCAUAAGGGCGAAGCGAAUCUCUAGGGUUAAGCCCGAAUUCACGGAUAGUACGCAUAGUAAACUUUCCGCUAUGCUUCAGACUCGACUCCUUGAAAUAGAAGAAGAUACACCGCUUAUUGUGGAGUUACCAGGGCAAGCAAUCAAACCCAAAGCAGUAGGUAUCUGCCACAUUUUCAAGCUAUGUUGA